AUGGCUCUUCUCGGUCUUGAAAACAGGACCAUACUUGCAAUCGCGCAAUACCUCGGACAAAAAGACGUCAAGUCUCUCCUCAUUACAAAUCGGCGGCUUUCGUCCCUUUUAACGCCUCGCUUUUACGAUCUUGCCGUUGCAGACCUGUUAUCGAAACAAGAAUACAAGCUAGAAACUGUUCUCGAAUGGGCUGUAAUCGAAGGCCACGAAACACCCAUCAUUCAAAUCGCACAGAGAGGAGGUGAUAUUACGGUGCGAAGUGUUGCGGAUGACGAUACAUUGCUUCACCUAGGAGUCAAAAAUGGGCACGAAGGAGUGGUUCGUGUACUGUUAGAGAAAAGGGGAAUCGACAUCACCGCACAGAACAGGGUCGGAACUACGGCACUGCACUUGGCGGCCGAUAAGGGGCUCGAGGGGUGUUUCGGAUUGCUGGUCGCAAAGGAAAGAGGGGAGGCCCUAGUCAAGAGGGCAAUUGGUAUGGAAGACCAUGCUGGGUGGACUGCCCUACACUUCGCUGCUGCAAGUAAUCAUGUAGGGAUUGUCAAGGUCCUUAUAGAGAAGGGGGCGGAUAUCACAUACAUGAAUGUUCGUGAAAAGACACCUCUUCACAUAGCUGCCGAAAAGGGAUUUGAUUUGGUGGUCAGUCUGAUGAUGGACACCGGAUUUGUAGCCGAUGAAGCAGCUGGACUUUUCGAUCGCGCUGGAAACAUGCCACUUCACUCGGCAGCAAAAAAUGGACACGUAGCGGUAGUAAAGAGAAUGUUGGAGAAGGGUGUCGACUGCAUGACCACCACCAAAGCUGGCGCAACAGCGCUCCAUUGGGCCGUAAAGAUGGGGCACGAGGAUGUUGUUGCGGUGUUGUUAGAAAAUGACGCCUCUACAAAUGUCGUGACAAUUGACGAGAGAAGAAGCACUCCUCUCCACUGGGUAGCGGAAUCUUGUUGUUGGAUGGUUAUAUUCAAGGAACGCGAUCCAGAGGUUAUCCUUGAUCUACUUCUAGAAAAUGGUGCGGAUGUCAGGGCUAUGGAUGCCAGGGGGAAGACAGCUCUUCAUUACGCCGCCGAGAAUGGCCUACAUACGACAAGAAUAAAGGAGGAGAGAAAUACUCCUGGUAGAGCGCCAAAACAAGUGGAUCUAGGGAAUCAAGUAGCUGCGCAAUCGACAUACAAGAAUAUGAUAUCACUAUUCUUGAACGGAGGUGCGAAUAUCAACGCUCGAGAUAUGUCCGACCGGACUCCCUUCCAUUACGCAGUGGAGAACGGGGACGAAUAUGCGAUGCGGAUCUUAUUGGACAAGGGUGCGGACGUUGAGGCGAGGUACAAGGGCGGAAAAACAGCUCUAGAAGCAGAAUACGAGUUGGAGAUACGACGGGAGAAUAUUAUACGAAUCUUGUUGGAAUAUGGGGCUCAGGGAGCGGAACAAGCCCAAAUUGAUAGCAAAAAAACGAUCGUUGUUGAUCGGACUGCAGCUGAGACUCGAAGAGGUGCCGCAGCCGCAGCCGCAGCCGCAGCCGCAGAAAAACUGAAAUUACCUCCUAGUAAGAUUGUACGGUACUCCUUGGUACCAGAAGAGCUUGGGGGUAAGCCGAAGAAGGAGAAGGAGAAGGAGAAGGAGAAGAAUAGGAUUUAUCAAGACAAUAGCUUGAAUCUCCUUGAGUAUUUUAAUAGUAGUUAA